GGAGUUGGCUCCUGCAGAGUGAAGAUUUAAAUUCCAAGGUCAUGGCAGAAUAUCUGAAGUUCAUUGCCAGGACUGUGAUGGUACAGGAAGGGAACAUAGAAGGUGCAUACAGGACCCUAAACAGAAUCCUCACCAUGGAUGGGCUCCUCGAGGACAUUAAGCGACAGUGGUACUGCGAUGGCAGUACUAUGAAAAGCCUUGUCGCCAACGACGACGACGAAACCUGUCGGCGGAUCUACAACAUGGAAAUGGCUCGCGCCCAUAAGAUCAACUUCUUGAUGUGA